CAACAACCUCAAUCUUCACCCUCUCCUCUCCGCCGACGGGCAUCAGUCUAUCGCCCGCAAUGGCAGCUCCCUUCAGCAGACUCGCGGCCAAGCGAGUGGCGAGCGUCCGCCAUGCCUCCCUACGAUCAUCCUCCCUCCGCGCCAUGUCCACGACGCCCGCACGAAUGCUCGCAACCCCGAACGAGACGAUGAAGCACGGCAAUCCUAUGCGCCACAAUGUGAGCGAGCCAAAUCAGGGAACACGAUUGAUUCCCGUGGAUCCGUCGUUCGGACACCCCGUGGACCCGAACAGCAUGAACAUGAAUGCGGCCGACGACUCGGCGGAUACACCAGAACAGCGCAAGAUUCGCCACUACACAGUCAACUUUGGUCCUCAGCAUCCUGCGGCUCACGGCGUGCUGCGAUUGAUUCUCGAGCUGAACGGCGAGGAGAUCGUGCGAGCUGAUCCCCACGUUGGACUUCUGCAUCGCGGCACAGAGAAGCUCAUUGAGUACAAGACAUAUCUUCAGGCACUUCCAUACUUUGACCGACUCGACUAUGUCAGCAUGAUGACCAACGAGCAAUGUUUCUCGCUCGCUGUAGAGAAGCUGUUGAACAUUGAGAUCCCUGAGCGAGCGAAGUGGAUUCGAACACUUUUUGCGGAAAUCACAAGAAUCCUGAACCACUUGAUGAGUGUGCUGAGUCACGCUAUGGAUGUUGGUGCACUUACACCCUUCUUGUGGGGCUUUGAGGAGCGUGAGAAGCUGAUGGAAUUCUACGAACGUGUGUCCGGCGCUCGCCUUCACGCCGCAUAUGUACGACCUGGCGGUGUGUCGCAGGAUCUGCCAGUCGGUCUUCUAGACGAUAUUUACCAAUGGGCAACACAAUUCGGUGAUCGCAUCGACGAGACAGAGGAGAUGCUUACGGACAACCGAAUCUGGAUCGGCCGUACCAAGGGUGUUGGUGUCGUGCCAGCCGCCGAUGCUCUCAACAUGUCUUUCUCUGGCGUCAUGCUUCGCGGAUCUGGUAUCCCAUGGGACAUUCGCAAGUCGCAGCCUUACGAUGCGUACGACCAAGUCGAGUUCGACGUACCCGUCGGUGUAAACGGUGACUGCUACGAUCGAUACCUUUGCCGCAUGGAGGAGUUCCGUCAGUCGCUCCGUAUCAUCCACCAGUGCUUGAACAAGAUGCCCGCUGGUCCAGUCAAGGUCGAGGAUUACAAGAUCUCACCACCACCACGUGCCGCCAUGAAG